UUCACCGCACGGCUCCGCGGAGCUGAUGGGAGAUGCUUCAGCAACACGCUUUUUUGGUGAAACAGCACCCAGAGGACGCGUCAUGUGUCGUCCUCCACCUGCUGUUGUUCACCGCACGGCGCCGCAGAGCUGAUGGGAGAUGCUUCAGCAACACGCUUCUUUGGUGAACAGCACCCAGAGGACGCCGCACGCUGCUGUUGUUCACCGCACGGCGCCGCGGAGCUGAUGGGAGAUCCUCCAGCAACACGCUUCUCUGGUGAAACAGCACCCAGAGGACGCCGCACACCUGCUGUUGUUUCGUUCGCGUGGCGAGAGGCUCCUGAAGAAGCAACUUUUUUUUUCUUCUUCCCGCCGCCGCCGGCCGGGAUCCAGGCGCCGGCCGCCUCCAGUUCUGGGCGGGCGUCCGCGGGCGUCGGUCGGGACAGCGCGCGGCGUCGCCGUCGGACGAGGCGACCAGAGAGAGAAGGCAGCUCGAGUGGAGGAGAAGAAAGAACGGUCGAGCUCUUCCCCCGAAGAUCCAUUCCGCGUUUUGUAAUUGCGUGCCCCGGCGGUUAAAGGUUUUCGUGCGUGUGCGUCCCAGAGAGAGAAAGAGAAAGAUAGAGCGAGAGUGCUGAAGGUCUGAAGGCGUUUUUUUUUUCUUCUUCUUUCCUUCUUCUCCUCCUUUUACCCGAGGGUGGUUUUCGGACGAAGGCGGGGAGCCGAAGGGGGUGCGGCCAAGACACGUGUUAUCCCCAGGACAGCGCUCUUGCGUGCAAGUCAGUGUAAAUCCCCUCUUCCAACACACACGCACGAACCCCACCACCCCCGCCCCUUCUCAUACCAUCCACCAGCGCGCAACUAAAACCAACCACCCUUCCGCCGCAGGGUUCAGAGGCAGAUAUGGAGAGAAAGAAAGAAGGGAAAAAACUUGCAGUCACGUGAUCACCUUCGGGGUGGGUUCGGGAACGCAAGGGCGAAUAGAAAAAAAACUUUUAGAGAGAUAGAGAGGAAGAAAAAAAAAACAUAUCCCUUGUUCCGUGUGCCGUUAGGUAAUUUGUUAAAUUAAGGGAGAAGGGGGGAAUGAAGGAAGAAAAAGGGUGAAGCGAGAGCUGUAAGGUUCUUUACCCCCGUGAACGUCCGGGGCUGAGUCGUCAAGAAAGAAAAGAAAAAAAAAGAAACAACGGCGCAUCGCAAGACCGUGCGCUUCACUUCUUCGGCUCGCGGCCGUUCCGACUCCACGCAAGAACUACCAAAAAGAUUGCACGUAGCGGGGAAAAAAAAAAAAAA